AUGCCGAGCCACAAGUCUUUCCGAACCAAGCAGAAGCUUGCCAAGGCCCAGAAGCAGAACCGCCCUGUGCCUCAAUGGAUUCGCCUCCGAACUGGCAACACCAUCCGGUGCGUUUUGACUCCCCCCUUCGAGACGACAACUUUACGACUCUACCAGUCCGCCCGCGAGCAGAGUAACCCUUGGCUAACAUUCCUAAACAGCUACAACGCUAAGCGAAGGCAUUGGCGCAAGACCCGCAUCGGUAUCUAA